AUGCGCGAAAAGCGUCAAAAAAAGAAGGAGGAGAAGGCUGAAAAAAAGGCAAACAAAAACAAGGACAAAUCUGCAAAAAACGAGUCUGCUGAUAAUAAAUCCAGUGACAAUAAGAAUGCUAAACAGGAAUCGCCUAGCUCUAAAAACACGACUACUCCUCAAGCAGAGUCUAGUUCCGAGGAAGAAUCUAGUUCUGAUGAAGAGUCAAGCUCUUCCGAGGAAUCCAGUUCUUCGGAGGAAACAAGCUCUUCGGAGUCAUCCAGCUCUUCUGAAGAUUCCACCUCCUCGGAUGAAUCCAGCUCAUCUGAAGAAUCCAGUUCUGAUGAUGACUCUAGCUCUGACGAUGACUCCAGCUCCGACAGUUCUAGUUCAUCAGAACAAUCCAAGGAAAAAGGAAACAAAAAAAAGAUAUUUGGGCGGAAGAAAUGA